AUGUGGCGGAGUGUGUUUGCAGUGUGCGUGUGUCUCGCGUUAGCAGAAGCACAGUUUCCGCGGGAAUGCAUGACCACUGCGGGUCUACGCUCAGGUGAGUGCUGUCCGUCCCCCAGCGGGCUGGCCAACGACGCAUGCGGCUCCAGCACUGGGCGGGGCCAGUGCGUGUCCAUUGUGGCAGAUCGACGCCCUCACGGGCCACAGUACCCUCACGACGGUCGAGACGAUCGCGAGCGUUGGCCACUGCGUUUCUUUAACCGAACCUGCCGGUGCAAUGGGAAUUUCACUGGGUAUAACUGUGGACGCUGUAGGCAUGGAUUCACUGGUGUGAACUGUGACCAGAGAGUAAAUGUGGUGCGUCGUAACAUCAUGCAGAUGAGUGCGGAGGAGAAGAGAGCGUUUGUCAACGCCCUGGAUCAGGCCAAGAGGACCAUCCAUCCCGACGUGGUCAUAUGCACACGCCGUUACCAGGACCUGUUCGGGCCGGACGGAAACACGGUCCAGUUUGAGAACAUAACCAUCUACAACUUGUUUGUUUGGACUCACUACUACUCGGUCAGCAAGACCUUCAUGGGCCCGGGCCAGCCGAGCUUUGGUGGCGUCGACUUUUCACACGAGGGACCAGGAUUUAUCACCUGGCAUAGAUUUCACCUGUUACAACUGGAGAGAGACAUGCAGGACAUGCUUCAGGAUCCAACGUUUGCCCUGCCGUACUGGAACUUCGCCAUCGGUGGCAGUGAAUGCGACAUCUGCACUGAUGACUUACUGGGAGCCCGGAGCAGUUUUGACAUCAACAGCAUCAGCACCAAUUCAGUGUUCUCCCAGUGGAGGGUCAUCUGUGAGAGUGUGGAAGACUAUGACACACUGGGCACCAUCUGCAACAGUUCAGAGAGCAGUCCAAUUAGGCGUAACCCAGCUGGUAACGUGGCUCGGCCCAUGGUGCAGAGGCUGCCGGAACCCCAAGACGUAGUCGACUGCCUGGAGCUGAACACCUUCGACACGCCACCCUUUUACUCAACAUCAUCAGAGAGCUUUAGGAACACUAUAGAGGGUUACAGCUCCCCCCAGGGCACCUAUGACCCUGUGGUGCGGAGCCUACAUAACCUGGCUCACCUGUUCCUAAACGGAACCGGCGGCCAGACACACCUGUCUCCCAAUGACCCCGUCUUUGUCCUGCUACACACCUUCACUGACGCCAUCUUCGAUGAGUGGCUGAGACGUCACACCCCAGGAACUAUAGCAUACCCAGAAGAGAACGCUCCCAUCGGUCACAAUCGAGAGUUCAACAUGGUGCCGUUCUGGCCGCCAGUCACAAACGCUGACGUGUUUGUCCCCGCCCCUGACAACCUGGGAUACACCUAUGAGGUUCAGUGGCCCACACGCCCUUAUACGCUCUCCGAGAUCAUCACCAUAGCGAUCGUUGCCGUAGUGUUGGUGGUGGCGAUAGUGGGCGGAGUCAUCGCGUGUGCCGUGCGGGCUCGCUCUUAUAGUUCGAUGGAGGGUCUGGAGCCGUUGCUGGGGGAACAGUUCCGCCGUUAUUCAGAGGACGAAAGACGAGUCGACAAAACGCAGUCGGUGGUCUAA